UAUUAAAAUCGGCGGUGGCAGCAUUAGAACUGAGUUACUUCCCGAAACAGAGUUCACCGCCACCUGCACCUAGCACCACAACAAUCCACCACUCUUUAACCCAUUCCCAUUAGCAGAAGUCCUCUCUAGACUAUAACAAUGGCAACAACCUAUCACCAACCCACCACAAUAGAAGAAGUCCGAACCCUAUGGAUUGGCGAUUUACAAUACUGGGUCGACGAAAACUACCUCACGAACUGUUUCUCCCACACCGGCGAAGUCAUCUCCAUCAAAAUCAUCCGCAACAAAAUCACCGGCCAACCAGAAGGUUACGGUUUCGUCGAAUUCGUCUCCCACGCCGCCGCGGAACGGGUUCUUCAAAGCUACAACGGAACUCAAAUGCCGGGAACCGAGCAAACGUUCCGGUUAAACUGGGCUUCGUUCGGUAUCGGUGAACGCCGUCCGGAUGCCGGUCCCGAUCACUCGAUUUUCGUUGGGGAUCUUGCUCCGGAUGUUACUGAUUAUCUUUUGCAAGAGACUUUUAGGACUCAUUAUAGUUCGGUUCGCGGUGCGAAGGUUGUGACGGAUCCGAAUACGGGAAGGUCUAAGGGUUAUGGUUUUGUUAAAUUUGCUGAUGAGAGUGAGAGGAAUCGGGCUAUGUCUGAAAUGAAUGGGGUUUAUUGUUCUACUAGGCCGAUGAGGAUUAGUGCUGCUACGCCGAAGAAAACUACGGCUUAUCCGCAGAAUCCUUAUGCUGCUGUUGGUGCUGCUGUUGUUGCUCCUGCACCCGCUCCUAAAGCAACAUAUCCAGUUCCAGCAUACACCGCCCCAGUGAAUACAGUUCCACCAGAAUAUGAUGCAAACAAUACUACCGUUUAUGUUGGUAAUUUGGAUCUUAAUGUCUCAGACGAGGAGCUAAAGCAACACUUUCUGCAAUUUGGAGAGGUUGUUUCUGUCAAAGUACAUCCCGGCAAAGCAUGUGGUUUUGUUCAAUUUGGGGCUAGAGCAUCUGCUGAAGAAGCCAUUCAGAAGAUGCAGGGAAAGAUAAUAGGUCAACAAGUGAUCCGAGUUUCUUGGGGUAGGCCCCUAACAGCUAGACAGGACAUACCUGGUGGCUGGGGACAACAGGUGGAUCAAAGUCAAUGGAAUGCAUAUUAUGGAUAUGGACAGCAGGGUUAUGAAGCUUAUGCAUACGGGGCUGCUCAGGAUCCUUCAAUGUAUGCAUAUGCUGGAUAUGCUGGCUAUGCACAAUAUCCUCAACAGGUUGAAGGUGUCCAAGACGUAACAGCUAUGUCUGUGCCUACCAUGGAACAAAGGGAGGAGUUGUAUGAUCCUCUGGCAGUGCCCGAUGUUGAUAAGUUAAAUGCUGCAUAUCUCUCGAUACACGGAAAUGCCAUUUUAGGGCGCUCUCUCUGGCAUAAAACCUCAUCCUUGCAGCAAGCUUAGGAUCUACUUGCAUUUGUACUUCAUGGUUUUGUAUUUCAAUACACUCCCAACUGUAAAUGCAACUAUUUAUUAAGUUGGGUUAGGUUUAAAUUCCGGUGACAAGUCAAUCCCAAUACUUCUCCCAUGUGGCGGUUGGCCGGUGUAAAAACAUGACAAUUGGCAUAUCAGUAGACUAGUGUUUAAUUUGAUCGAUCCCAUUGAUUAUACUUCUGAUUUUGACCAAUUAGGUUAACUGAGUAAUAUAUUAAAGGACAGAGGAAACAUUGCUUGACAGGGAAACUUCAGCCUCAA